AUGGAUCUUCAGGAGAUAGGAAUUCCGAUGUUAAUCGUGGACGUUCUUUGCAGGGCUUCGACGAGGAAAGCCUCGACUUCUGUUCCUGAGGGCGUUCCGGAGCAAGUGAUCGAGCUUGACUCUCCUCCUUCCUCGGACCAUGACGAGUCUUCCCAUCACGAUGAGAGUGCUUCUCAUCACGAUGAUGGUUUGAGGACUCCGGCGCGUGGUGGUUCGCCUUCUAAGGGGGAUGAGUUCCUCACCCCUGGUGGUGGCGUUCCCUCCUCUGACCGGCGUGAUCGUGGUGGUUUCGAAGGAGGGGAAUCAUCUCGGCGUCCAGGUGAGAAUGAUGAGGCGGUGUCUCGUCACUCGGAGGCGGGUGGUUUUGCUCCUGGCUCGAACCUCGGUGCUGAGGGUGGCGCCGGAAUCCAGGAUGGUCCUGAGGGAUCCUGCGUUCCGUGGUGGAAUGGCGGGAGUCCUCUUAUGGAGGACCAGGAUGCUUGCGGAGGGGCGACUUGGAUGUCUAAAGUUCAUCCCGGCUUGGGGAUUCCGCGUGAGGAGCUCACCUUUAGGACCGAUUUCGACGAAGCUGCUCAACAUCAUAUUAUGUCUGGCGGGAAGUUCACCGCGUUGGUCCAGAAGUACGAGACGGCGCUUCGGGCAGCUAAGGACGAAGCCUUUGUGUUGCGGCGAGAGCGGGAGAUGGCCAAGGAUGUCGAUACAAUGGUGGCUGAUUUGCAGCAGGAUAAACUGGUGCUUGAGUCGAAGGUCGCGGCGCUGAACAGGGAGAUAGUGAAGACUCUCGGACUCCAGGAGGUAGCAGACAAGCUGAGGGCUCAAGUGAGUGAUCUGGAGGAGAAGCGCGUCGGGAUGCAGAGGCUUCUGCUGCUGAGAUGGAGCGUCUCCGACGGUCUCGUCGAGAAUCGGUCGAGGCGGCUGUGA